UCACCUUUUUUUCGCUCAACGUGCUCGUCAACCACCGACUUCAAACUUCCAGUACGCAAGACACGAUACCUACCCACCAUCUUGCGCACUGAGGAUGGAGGACAGUAACUACGACUGGCUCGAGUAUGAAGAGGAACACGAUCAAGGUCCGGUCGGACCCCGAACGCUGCUCGAUUUCUGUCAAGGCGUGGUCAUGAGAUGUGCUAGCCGAUACGACGACGUCGGUCCACUGCGGUAUCACCAACACCCCUUGUUCUUCCAGACGAUGGAACCGUUACAAUUGGCUCAGAUCGAGGAUAACAGUCCGAUCUUGAAGACGGAGACGAACCACCUCUGGAAAGAGAUCCUCCGGAAGAAGGACCCCGAGGUGUAUACCAAGUAUAAUUCUCGUUCCGAGGCACCUAGGAGUUGGCGGAAGGUCUAUAUGAAAGUCUUGGAGAAAGAAUCACAACGCCGAGCCAACGCCGCUGAACACAUGAAGAUGUUGUAUCAACAAGAAGCUUCCCGAAAAUCAGAGCGAAUCGUCACGGUGCUCGAAGGACCUGUGAAUCCGUCAGUUGUAGGAGGGGGAGGGUGGCAUUUCGGGAGGAGAGGAGGAGGGUCUGCUGCAGCUCCCAAGACGAUGAUGGGGAAGAUCAAGGAACAAUCCCGUGCGGAAAACCCGGGUCACUAUCUUCGAAGACCUUUUACGUAUGCGAUCGUCACUCGUCCUUGUGCUCCCACUUCAACAACAAAGGCAGCAGUGACUACCGCGUCCUCUCCAAAGAGCAGAAGUAAUGACAACGAAGAAGGCAACAGCAAGAAGGACCAAGGGAAAGGGAAGGAGGGGCGAGAUUUUGACUUCUUCGCCGCUGGAGGUUCGUCCGUACCCGCCUUGAGGAAAAACACGGUCCGGCGGCAAAUCGUCGCAAAUGGGAAAGCGUCGACCAGUGUGACUUUGACCCAGACUGCUCCGCAAUCGACGACCGCGCUCACCGCGGUGCCAGUCAGCGGGACAACAAAAAUUUCAUCCUCAAUACAUUCCACACCUUCACGCAUACCAAAUUCAACAGCAACUACAUCGUCAACGUCAUCAUCAACAAUAGCAGGCUCGAAGCGCUCUCGCCCGCCAGAAUCGGAAUCCGUAGUCAUCGACGUAGAUGUAGACGCAUACGAGACCUCUUCACCCGCUGGCACAACGACAUCGUCGAUGCCUCCCCCGUCAGCGAGAUUGAGGCACCGCUCCAUCUCUUCCGGCGAUGGGCUGUUUAGACCUCAGAGGAAGAAAACUCGAUUUGGUUGAACUAUGGGAGAUGAACUCAGUUCAGAUCAUUUGGGAUUGCGGCCGCCAAGCGACUAUGCUUGUGAAUUAGCGAUCAGGUGAUAGCUCUUGCGACUUCGCAAGCAGGCGAUGUGCUGAACAGAGUCACCGUGUUACGACACCAACUAUACAACAUGUCCCGGAGCUUGCUCAGGGGUCCGUUCCACCCAACGAGAACACCGCAAAGUCCAGGAAGGAACCGAUCGAAAGGCGUGAAAACACAAGUUCGGCGCCGACUAUCAGUCACCUAAAGAGGGUAUCGCCGCGACCGAUGAGCGGCGGGAAGCUCAAGAAGGCAACUGCAAAAGCGAGCC